UUGCUAUGGGCACUGACAAUGCAUUGGGGCUUAUGACUUAUAGGUAUUUUUCUGUAUUUUUUAAUACGUUAUUUUUAAAUAGGGCAAGAACUAAGCUAUUUGGAAGGGUUGGUGGAAAAGUAGAAGUUUCUUCCAUAAAGAUACCACUAAUGUUAGUUGAAAGGAAUGGCCAUUCUAUUUUACUUUAUGAUUCGAGAAUACAUCGACCUAAUGAUCAACAGACUGUGCUUGUGUUUGCCCAUCCAUAUAUGUUACAACAACUUGCCAUACAUCCAUCUUGGACAAUGAGUGGUUCACCCAACUCUGCACCUAAGCAAUUUAGGCAAUCUUUUGUUAUUGGCGCAAUUGUUCGAAAUCGAGUCAUUUUUGCGGCACGUGCUCUUUUGCAAGGUGACACGUCGAGUUAUUAUGAGGAAGCUUUAGACGUGAUUGCUAAUUCAAUUGAGCCAACAAAACCACGUAAAAUUAUUUUGGAUUACGACAAUGAGAUGGUAUGUGCUGCUCAGAAUGUUUUUCCGGAAGCCAUAUGCAGUGGCAGCUACCUUCGUUUUGCUCAAGCUUUGUUCCGAAAAUGGAGAGAAUUAAAACUUGGUACUCUUUAUGGGAAUGAAAAAGGUCAAGAAGGCAAUGUUGCUAGAAUGACUUUUCGUCGGCUUCUUUGCUUGGCACUCAUUCCUGCUGAACAUGUCAUUCGUGCUUUUUAUAUUAUCGCUGAGCUUGCAUCAAUUCAUGAAUUAGCAGAAUUUAUUUAUUUCUUUAAACGAACAUAUAUUGGACUGACCGACUAUGAAUUUAAAAUGAAGGCAUUGGCAUUUGGACCUAAUUUUGAAGAUAAUUUAAUGCAAGUUGAACAAACUGAGAUGGGAAUGUUAGCCAUGUUGAACAUGUUUAUGCAUCUCAACCUCAUUAUGAAACGGAUCAGCCUUCGCAUUCUUCAGUUGUUGUAA